UUCUAAGCGGAACCCAUGGGGCCAAAGUGUUUUCUCCCGGAAACACGGAACAUUUUUCGUGUGACAUCAAAAUGGCUGCGCUCUAGAAAGUGUUGUCAAAUGGCUUUGUUCACUGAUGUCUGCCGUAGUGUUCGCACGCUGUUAGGUCAAAGUCAGAGAUCUGCGGCUGCAGCGGCGUGGAUUCAUUGUCAGCUGUCUCGGAAAUACAGUAAGGCGGCACCUGAUCCAGAACCAGUGGUCAGUGAGAAUGAAGCCAUCAAUAAAACAUUUGUUAACCGAAACCCAAGAAACCUGGAACAGAUGGCCCUUGCAGUAAAGGAUCGAGGCUGGGGUACAGCGUGGCCCUCUAGACAGUAUUAUCACAGGUUGGUGUUCAGGCGCACGCAGCAUCACAUCACAGCUGAGGUGUUCUCUAGUGACUCAAUAGUUCCUGUGUUGUCUUGCUCCACGAAGGAGUGGGCAUUGAAGCGCGAGCUGGGCUCCACACGGUCUGUAGCGGCUUGCCGUGCCGUAGGUGAUGUGCUUGCUCAGCGGUGUCGUGAAGCAGGCAUCACACGUGUUGUUUAUCGAGAGAUACCGUGGAAGUUUCGCUCGGAGGCGAAUCAAACGUUCUGGAUGGCCAUGAAAGAGGGUGGUGUCACACUUAAUGAACCAAGGCGAAAAUUCAUUUGAUUUUUUUUUUUAUUAUUACUAUCCUGAAUAGUGUCUUCAUCUGUAAAUAUAAAUAUCCUCAACUUUCAAACUGUGUGUUCAUUGAGUCGAUUACAGUUUCAUGCAGCAAUUAGAAUAUUUGGAUAGAGUAAUUUAUUUUUGGUUUGAUUCAAAUGUGAAAUGGGGAAAAUUAAUUUAUUAAUCUUUCAAAUGUAUUUUGACCAAGAAAAAGAAUGACAUACA